GCUCAGCUAACCUUACAGCCAAACCCAACUGUUACUGUACAAGUUUCUAGUUGCUGGCCGCGACAUUAAAAGCUGAGCUCUCGCUCUUCUUCUCUUCCUCUCUUUUGUUUCUUUUCCCUUUUCACUUUUCACUUUUUCAAUCAAUUCUCCCCGAUCCGAAGAAACUUUGUCUGCUCCCCACCUCAUCAUCAUCAUCUUCGUCUUCGCUGCGUAAUACGUCAUCGCUACAGACCAGACAUCUCUCUCAACUCCUGCGCCAACCACCUCCAACAACACUCAGUCAAUCAAGCUCAACACCGCCAACAUGGUCCACCUCACCCAGAUUCCCAAUGCAAACACUGUCAAUGCGCCUCUGGUCGAGGGCAUGAAGAAGCUGAAUCUUGCGACCCCCUCUCAGCCGGAUUUGUUCACGACCAGCGUGUACGGGAGCAAGUUCGCGGCCGAGGAUCUGCCCAAGCAUGAGAUUCCCGAGAGCGAGAUGCCCAAGGAGGUUGCGUAUCGCAUGAUCAAGGAUGACCUGAGCUUGGACGGGAACCCAAUGCUAAACUUGGCCAGUUUCGUCACGACCUACAUGGAAAAAGAGGCUGAGGACCUCAUGACCGAAUCUUUCGCCAAGAACUUCAUCGACUACGAAGAGUACCCCCAGUCUGCCGACAUCCAGAACCGCUGCGUGUCCAUGAUCGGCCGUCUCUUCAAUGCACCCUACGAGGAUGGCGCCGCUGCAGUCGGCACGUCGACCGUCGGCUCCUCCGAGGCUAUCAUGCUCGCUGUCCUGGCGAUGAAGAAGCGAUGGCAGAACAAGCGGAAGGCGGAGGGCAAGGACUGGCACAACCCCAACAUCGUGAUGUCAUCUGCUGUGCAGGUUUGCUGGGAGAAGGCCGCCAGAUACUUCGAGGUCGAGGAGAAAUAUGUGUACUGUACCCCGGAUCGGUAUGUGAUCGAUCCCGAGGAGACUGUGAACUUGGUGGACGAGAACACCAUUGGAAUCUGUGCUAUCAUGGGUACCACCUACACUGGGGAAUAUGAGAAUGUGAAGGCUGUGAAUGAUCUUCUGAUCAAGAAGAACAUCGAUACAGUCAUCCACGUCGAUGCUGCGUCCGGGGGCUUCGUAGCUCCGUUUGUGGUUCCGGAAUUGGAGUGGGAUUUCAGACUUGAGAAGGUGGUUUCCAUCAACACCUCCGGUCACAAGUACGGUCUCGUCUACCCGGGUGUAGGAUGGGUUAUCUGGCGGUCUCCGGAAUACCUUCCCAAGGAGCUGGUCUUCAACAUCAACUAUCUCGGCGCUGACCAAGCCUCCUUCACGCUCAACUUCUCCAAGGGCGCUUCUCAAGUUAUUGGCCAAUACUACCAACUGAUCCGUCUCGGAAAGCACGGUUACCGCUCCAUCAUGUCCAACCUGACCCGCACCGCCGACUACCUCUCCGACUCAUUGGAGCAGCUAGGAUUCGUCAUCAUGUCUCAGAAGAAUGGUAAAGGUCUACCCCUCGUUGCCUUCCGCCUCAACCCAAAGGCCGGCAAGCACUACGACGAAUUCGCCCUGGCACAUCAGCUGCGACAGCGCGGUUGGGUUGUUCCCGCCUACACAAUGGCGCCACACACCGAAGACCUGAAGAUGCUGAGAGUGGUGGUCCGAGAGGAUUUCUCCAAGGCGAGAUGCGACUCACUUCUUGCCGAUAUCAAGCUGUGCUCGCAGGUCCUCGAUGAUAUGGACAAGGCGGAGAUCAAGAGGCAAGAAGAGUUCAUCAAGGCUCACGUCAGCCACAGCGGGAAGGCGAAGCACAACCACCCGCAUUACCGAAAGGAGAACCACAGCUUGCAGGGCAAGACUGGCAAGACGCACGCAAUUUGCUAA